AUGAUAACCGUGCUGUCACCCCCCUACUCCACACCAAAACCAACGAUCACAAAUAUUUUAAUUAAGAUUUUCCCAUUUUAUAUAAACACAACAAUAAAUCUCCUAUCAAUGAGCACACGCUUCGUUCUCAGCUGUAGGCGGUGCAAGUGCAGGGUAAGUGAACACGCUGUACAAGCCAUGCUGAUAUCAAAUCCAAAGAUUAAGUUAUUUUCAAGUGCACGGUGCAUGAACGUGCUGAUUGAUCCACGAACGUACAUUACAAGGACGUGCAAGUGUUUUAUUAGAGAGAUACUCUGCAUAAAUUGUGUAUCAUGCGUGGGGUACCACGUGACACAGCCUUGCCUGUUCUGUCUGAGGAGGAACAGCAACGGCCAUCUGUUCAUGUUUAACUUUGGGAGUGUGAGGCACACGGAGCAUAGGGAACAGGGGAGCAUGGUAGUGGAGAUAGAGAGGGAGGAGGAGAUACGGUUGAGGUGAAGGGGUGUUGCGGUGUGGUAUCAGUAUGAGUGAAUGUACUAGUAAAUCUUUCAGAUCAGGAAAUGUUCUUUCAAGUUUAUAUUUUGGAGCAGGGCACUUCAACUAAAUCGUAUUUUGAACGA